CACGUGUAAGAAAGAAUGGGGCAUCACUAAAUACCCCAUUGUUCCCGGGAUCCAUUUUCUCUUUCGGAUCCCUUCUCUCUUUCUAACCACAGAUCCAUGAUUAGCCGUAGUGUUUGUGCUUUCCUCGAAGAUUCUGCAGGCACGAAAUUGUUGGGGUUGUGACUGAGGUCGGGACCAAGGUGGAGAGAUUCCAGAUCGGAGACAAAGUUGGCGUUGGAUGUCUGGUCGGAUCCUGUCGCGAUUUCAAAAACUGUUCCCGCGAUUGGGAAAACUACUGUCCCAGGAGUGUACAGACUUACAAUGAUUUAAGAUCCACCACGUACGGUGGUUACUCCUACAUCAUAGUCGCCGACGAGCACUUCAUUAUCAAGUGGCCCGAAACUUUGUCGAUGGAGGCAGCCCCCCUCCUGUGCGCCGGGAUCACAACUUAUAGCCCCUUGAAACACUUUGGGCUGGACAAGCCAGGAAUGAACAUCGGAGUUGUGGGCCUGGGUGGUCUUGGCCAUAUGGCUGUCAAGUACACUAAGGCUUUCGGGUCCAAGGUGACUGUCAUGAGCACCUCUGCAGGAGGCCAUUGAUCAUCUUGGUGCUGAUUUGUUCUUGAUCAGCCGUGACCCUCAACAAAUGGAGGAUGCAAUGGACACACUGGAUGGAAUAAUAGACACCGUUUCUGCGGUUCACUCUAUUCAGCCACUACUCACUCUAUUGAAAACCGACGGGAAGCAUGUAUUGGUUGGCAUCCCAGAAAAACCGCUUGACCUUCCCGUGUUUUCUUUGCUGAGGGGUAGGAAGCUUGUUGCUGGGAGUGGCAUUGGUGGAAUAAAGGAGACGCAAGAAAUGCUAGACUUCUCCGCGAAGCACGGCAUAACUCCAGACGUCGAGAUUUUUGCAAUGGACUAUGUCAACACGGCCUUAGAGCGUCUUGAGAGAGCUGAUGUGAAGUAUAGGCUUGUGCUCGAUAUCGGCAACACUUUAAAAUCAGCUUAAGUAUUAGAUCUUUUAAUUGAGAAUGCUUGUACAGAAGACAUGACAGUGUCUUUCUUUGGGUGGGAAAAGAAUUUUGAAAGUUCUUCCAAUGUGUCUAUUAUUAUGAUAUGUGUUUGUAAUAUGAAAAGCCACUCUAAGAAAUUAGAGCGCCUGGAGACCAUCUUUGUCCGGUCCGGCCUUCAGUCGUCCGACGUCCAUCAGUUUGUCCGGCGUGUCGUCGUCCUCAGAAACUACCCAUCUCUAUUCUUCAAUUCCUCGGUACUCCAACACCAUUAUGGCUGCAAACAGACCUCGGACAAACAUUUUUUCUCGUAACAUUUCUGCUCCUGCAGCACAUAUUCCUGGAGUUAAGCAUGGUCACAAUGGAGCAAUGUUUCUUUCAUCUGGCAUAUGUGAUCUUGACAAGAUUUUGGGAGGCGGGUUCUCUUUAGGUAGCCUGGUCCUGGUGAUGGAGGAUCCUGAGGCUCCUCAUCAUAUGCUUUUGUUGAGAAAUUUCAUGUCUCAAGGUAUUGUUCACAAACAGCCAUUGCUUUAUGCCAGCCCUGAAAGGGCUCCCCGUGUUUUUCUUGGUACUUUGCCAUGUCCAAUGUCUUCCAAGGAUGAAAAAUUCCGAGAGAGGGACCCAGAGCAGGACAAGGGUUUAAGGAUCGCUUGGCAAUAUAAAAAGUAUAUCGGGGAACAAGAUUCAGAAAGUCAGCAAGGUGGAAAAGCUGAGUAUUGCAAUGACUUUGACCUGCGAAAGCCAUUGGAGAGGCAUCUCCUUGCUGGACAACGCGUUGACUGCAUUAGUAUACAUGAUUUUCCCAAUCUAGACCCUCUGCGUCAGUGUUGCUCAAAUUUUUUAGCACAAUUCCCAAGAUGUGAUGGUAACAUGACCUACCCGGGUAGAAUUGCCAUCCAGUCACUAUGUGCUCCUCAGUGUGAGUUUUCCAACAAUGAAUGGGAUAUACUUUCCUUCAUUAGGUCUUUGAAAUGCAUGAUAAGGUCCUCAAAAACGGUUGCCAUCAUAACUGUCCCUUCAUCUCUUAUUUCUCCGACCUUCUCGAAGAGAUUGCAGCAUCUAGCUGACACGUUGAUAUCCGUUCGACCAAUUCCAGACGAGGACAAGGAGUUGGCAAAGCUUCUCACAGGUUAUAAGGACAUGCUUGGCCUUCUCAAUAUACACAAAGUGGCACGUACUAAUACACAGGUUCCUUUGAUUCUCGAGGCAACCACAUUCUCGAUUAAACUCCACAAGAGACGAUCUUUAGUUUUAGAGUGUCUAAAUCAAGCCCCGGUCGACGGUUCAAGCGGGACUUCGUAUGGUUCAUUAGGUAGUUGUUCUGGGAGUUCCCAAACAGGGCCCCUCGACUUUUAGUUGAUUAGGGUCUGUUGCCAAUUUUCAGGAGCAUACAUAUACAUAAUCGGAUAGAUUAUUUAGUGGUUAAUGUGUUGAUUUUCAAUCGAUAUGUUGCAUUGUCAAACAGAUUAAUGUGAGUGG